AUGCUGUUCUCCCUGCGGGAGCUGGUGCAGUGGUUGGGCUUCGCCACCUUCGAGAUCUUCCUGCACGGCCUGGCCCUGCUGACCUUCUCGGUGCUGCUCGUCCUGAAGGUGGACGGCGAGGCCUCGGCGCUCUCCUGGUGGGUCGUCUUCGUCCCCUUCUUUGCCGCCGACGGUCUCAGCACCUACUUCACCACCAUCGUCUCGGUGCGGCUCUUCCAGGACGGUGAGAAGCGCCUGGCCGUGCUGCGGCUCUUCUGGAUCCUUUUUAUCCUCACCAUCCUCAGCCUCAAGUUCGUCUUCGAGAUGCUGCUGUGCCAGAAGCUGGUGGAGCACACCCGGGAGCUCUGGUACGGGCUCAUCAUGUCGCCUGUCUUCAUCCUCCUCCAGCUGCUUAUGAUCCGAGCCUGCCGGGUGAACUGA